AUGGGGAACUGUCUCUUUGGAGGGUCACCGGAAAAUGAUCCAGUUAUCAAGGUCAUCAACUCCGCCGGUGGAAUCAUGGAGUUCUACUCCCCCGUGACUGCAGAAUGCAUCAUCGACGAGUUCCCCGGCCAUGGGAUUUUCCGGGGAAACGAUCUUUUUUGGAAACCCAUCCCUCACCAUGAGUUUCUGGUCGCCGGAAACUCUUACUAUCUUCUUCCACUCGAUAAGAGAAGAGGAAUGAAGGUAGGGCAUGUUAGAUCCAACAGCCUCCCGCUAAACACACCUGCACCCUACCGGAUGUCGUUCGACAGCCGUCGAAUGUUCAAGAGGUCGUACACAGAUGGGUAUUCCUCGUCUUCUUCUAGCUCUUGUAGCUCCAGAAACAAUGGCGGAUUUUGGAAGGUGAAGCUGGUGAUAAGCCCAGAACAGCUGUUGGAGAUACUGUCACAAGAUGGAAGAACACAGGAGUUGAUUGAGAAUGUGAGAACCGUGGCAAAAUGUGGAAACGAAGCCGCUGUUUCUUGUAAUUCUUCUGCGGUCUUAUCAGAUCAAUGGAGUCUGUGCAGCAGUAGCAGAAAUGGUUCCAAGAAAGAUGUUGUUUUAGAGAUGUAA